AUCAAUCUCUCUCUCUCUCCGAUAUAAACAGAGGAAGCCCAUCCACGCGACAGCUCGUGAACCAGGAGCCUCUUUUCCCACUUAAACACCUGAGAUAACCUCAAAUUCUAGGGUUUCUUUUCUCUCUAUAGAGCUCUUCGUGGGUAGGAUAGGAUGGCUCAGAACGGGAAAUUGAUGCCGAAUCUGGACCAGCAGAGCACCAAGCUCCUCAAUUUGACCGUCCUUCAGCGCAUCGAUCCCUUCGUUGAAGAAAUCCUCAUCACUGCUGCUCACGUCACCUUCUACGAGUUCAACAUCGACCUCAGCCAAUGGAGUCGCAAGGAUGUAGAAGGAUCUCUAUUCGUUGUUAAGAGGAAUGCUCAACCCCGUUUCCAGUUUAUUGUUAUGAACCGGCGGAAUACGGAGAAUUUGGUGGAGAAUCUCUUGGAAGAUUUUGAAUAUGAAGUCCAAGGCCCAUAUUUGUUAUAUCGGAAUGCUGCCCAAGAAGUAAAUGGUAUAUGGUUUUAUAAUCGACGGGAAUGCGAGGACAUUGCUAAUCUUUUUAGCAGGAUACUGAAUGCAUACUCCAAGGUGCCUCCAAAGUCGAAGAUACCAUCAGCGAAAAGUGAGUUUGAAGAACUGGAAGCAGUCCCCACUAUGGCGGUAAUGGAUGGUCCUCUAGAGCCAUCUUCGUCAACUACAUCCAACGUCACAGAUGUUCCUGACGACCCUUCGUUUGUGAACUUCUUCAGUGCAGCUAUGACUAUAACAACUGCUUCAAAUGCCACCAUGACUGCACAACCCUACCAGAAUUCUGCAGCAACCCUCCCCUCACAUCCACCCAGUGUUCCUCUGUCUGUACCAACCAUCCAGAUGGCAGCUGCUCCUAAGUCAACAACCAUUUCUUUAAUGCCGCUCCUUGAUGGCCCUGAAAUCAGCAACAAUAACAAUCAGGCCACAAAUCUCGUAAAGCCAUCUUCGUUUUUCAGUUCUCCUCCUUCCUCUUCUGCAUUGGUGAUGCCAUCAGUCCCUUCAUCUAUGCCUGCUUCUGCUCCUCCACUUAACCCUUCAGGGAGUCUACAACGCCCCUACGGUGCUCCUUUGCUUGCUGCUCCUCCACUUAACCCUUCUGGGAGUCUACAACGCCCCUACGGUGCUCCUUUGCUUCAGCCAUUUCCUCCACCCACUCCCCCACCGUCCCUCACUCCAACUUCUGUCCCCGUCCCACACUAUGGUCCUGUUAUUAGCAGAGACAAAGUCCGCGAUGCCCUUCUGGUGCUUGUUCAGGACAAUCAAUUCAUUGACAUGGUUUACCGGGCACUGCUGAAUGCUCAUCACUCCUGAAGACCUUGCAGUAUCUAUUUAUUUGUUUGAUUUUCUUCCGGAGAAGGGGAAAGUGGUUUUGUAUUGUGUAGUUUUUGAACAAACUUUCUUAGUAGCUAUUAGUUUGUAUAUGGUUUCACUCACUAUCAUUGGCUUGGAUGAUGGGGAAAUACCCAUUUCUCACAUAUAUAGUUUUGUUGGAAUUAAUUUGUGGAGCUGGAAAAUGCAAUUGCUUUAGUUCUGCC